AUGGCAUCCAUAGUUGCUGUCACCUGUGCAUUCUCCUCUACUCUCACUACUCAAUUUCUCAUUCCUUCUUCGUCUUCUUCUCUCUUUCUCAAAACACUCGCUCGAAGGUCUUCCGCACCGUUACGGCGUCUUUCGUUUACGUCACGACCACUGCGCCACCUCAUGGCUAGCGCCAGCCUUGGCCUCACUCACCCCGCCAACACCGAACCCCCCAAGGUUUCUUUCGCGGCGAAGGAGGUUGACCUGGUGCAAUGGAAAGGGGACCUGCUCGCGAUUGGCGUCACGGAGAAGGAUGUGGCGCGAAACGCUGAAUCGAGAUUCGAGAACGCGAUUCUGAAUGCCUUGGACUCCAAGUUGGGCGGGUUGUUGGGCCAGGCUUCCUCCGAAGAGGACUUCACGGGUAAACCGGGCCAGUCCACUGUUCUCAGGAUCGCUGCCGGACUCGGAUCCAAGCGCGUCGCCUUGCUCGGUCUCGGCGCAUCCGCGUCCACAUUUGCUGCGUUUAAGUCUCUCGGCGAGGCCGUUGCCGCUGCCGCCAAGUCCGCGCAGGCCGGCCACGUCGCCGUCGCGCUUGCCUCGCCCGAUGCACUCUCCGCCGAGUCUAAACUUAACACCGCUUCUGCAAUAGCAUCUGGGACUGUGCUGGGAACUUUUGAAGAUAACAGGUACAAGUCGGAGUCCAAGAAAUCGGCGCUUAGAUCAGUGGAUAUUAUUGGGCUUGGAACUGGGCCUGGAUUGGAGAAGAAACUUAAGUUUGCAGGAGACGUUUCUUCUGGAAUCAUUUUUGGAAGGGAGCUUGUGAAUUCUCCGGCUAAUGUGCUCACACCAGGGGUAUUGGCUGAAGAGGCAUCAAAGAUUGCUUCAACAUAUAGUGAUGUUUUUACUGCCAAAAUAUUAGAUGCUGAGCAGUGUAAGGAAUUGAAAAUGGGGUCCUACCUUGGUGUUGCCGCAGCCUCAGCAAAUCCUCCUCAUUUUAUCCAUCUGUGCUAUAAACCACCAAGUGGACCUGUAAAUGUCAAGUUAGCCUUAGUUGGAAAAGGUUUGACUUUUGAUAGUGGUGGUUACAACAUCAAGACUGGACCUGGUUGUUUGAUUGAACUCAUGAAGUUUGAUAUGGGUGGUUCUGCAGCUGUUUUUGGAGCAGCAAAAGCUCUUGGUCAAAUCAAACCCCUUGGAGUGGAGGUUCAUUUUAUAGUUGCAGCUUGUGAGAAUAUGAUAAGUGGAACAGGUAUGAGGCCUGGAGACAUUGUCACAGCUUCAAAUGGAAAGACUAUAGAGGUUAAUAACACAGAUGCAGAAGGUAGGCUUACCCUUGCAGAUGCUCUGGUGUAUGCCUGUAACCAGGGUGCUGAAAAGAUAGUUGACCUCGCAACAUUAACUGGAGCCUGUAUAAUUGCUCUUGGAUCCUCAAUUGCAGGUGUGUUUACACCAAAUGAUGACCUGGCAAAAGAAGUUUUUGAAGCUUCUGAAGCAAGUGGGGAGAAACUAUGGAGGUUGCCAUUAGAAGAAAGUUACUGGGAGUCAAUGAAAUCAGGAGUAGCUGAUAUGGUGAACACAGGUGCUCGACCAGGUAGUGCCAUUACUGCGGCUCUUUUCUUGAAGCAGUUUGUUGAUGAGAAGGUUCAAUGGAUGCAUAUUGACAUGGCUGGUCCAGUUUGGAAUGAAAAGCAGCGCUGUGCAACAGGAUUUGGUGUUGCUACCUUAGUAGAAUGGGUUUUGAGGAACGCGUCUUAA